AUGGCUGAUGAGUUAUACAAGAAAGGAAUCGAUGGAAGUCUUUCGAGAUGUUUAAGUCAAGCCGAUAAAGAAAUUUCUUUAGGGGAAGUCCAUAGAGUUUUUCCUUUAGAAAUUAAUCUCAAUACGUUGAGGAUUUUGAGGCAAGAUGAGUUGCCAGUUGAUGAUUAUUGGAAUGCAAUGUAUGACGAAUUAAAUAAUUUAGACUCCGAGCGUGUUUUGACUCUUGAGAAUAUGAUUCAACAAAAGAAAAAUGUUGUUCGAAAUUAUAAUCAUCGAGUAAAAGAGAAAUGUUUCAGUAUAGGAGAGUUGAUUUUGAAAGUUGUAUUACCAAUAGAAAAGAAGUCAAGAUUCCUUGGCAAAUGGACCCUAGCUACUUGGGAAGGACCUUUUCAAGUAAUCGAGUUGUACUCUGGAAAUACAUAUCGAAUUAAAGAUAUUGAUUCUGGGAACGUGAUUAAUUCGAUAAAUGGAAAGUAUUUGAAGCAAUAUCGAUGCAUGCCGAAUCAAGAUUAA